CUACUAUCUUUGUGAUGUCGAUGUGUUUGUGAUAUUGUAAUCGAUGCAAUUGUCUAUGGUAGGGUUUUCACGCAGUACAAAAAGUGAUUGAAUUGAAUGUAAAGGUAGUCAAAUACCUACUCAAAUCCCGAAUCCGCCUCUCAUUUGUAUUUGGGUACAUACCUACGAGAAAGGGGAGUACCACGACAUUCUAAAAAACAUCAAGUGGAAGAUGGCGCAACAGAUUUCUAAAAAUUUUUUCACCAAUAGUCCCAGCUCCCAGUGACCAAUGUGACUUUCGGUGCACAUCCAUCUUGAUAGAUCACCAGAAGUAUAUACCAAAUAGUAUUGUGCUACUAUUGGAUAUAAAUAAUAUUGUCUUUAUUAAUCAACCUUCAACCAAAAUAAUAAUAAGAAAUUGACGAUGGCUAGAAAUAACGAAAUAAAUGUCUCAGCAUUACAAUUAACAGACAAAUUAAGGAAUAAACCACGUCUAGGGGGUCCACGAAAGCUACAGUUCUGUCCCACUUUGGAGUGUUCGAAACUGUUGAGUGAUAUUUCCGUGGAGGCCCAUUUAGCGGAAUGUCCAUACAAAGAAUUUGUGUGUCCUACUAAUACAAUCUUUAAUGGAUGUCCAUGGAAAGGAAACAUCGGGAAUAUUAUGAUUCAUUUCGAUUGCCAGCACAAGGAAUUUCGUCAAACGCAAGUUAACGAAGAGAGUAUUUUACACAUUGGACAAAAUUAUCGAAUAAUGCAAUUGAUUUCUAAAGGUCAAUUUCAGUUUUUACUGUACAUUAAUGUAUCACAAAGUAGCAACCAAAUUCAAAUAGCGGUUCAGAUGCUGGAAACGAAAAUUACGGCGUCUCAAUGGACUUUCAAAAUUCGGAUCUAUGGGAAAAAUGAAGGUCUAAGCAGAUUUGUGGAGUAUAUUGACACUUGUUAUUCUAUUGACGAAACGCUUGAUAACUCGUGUCUUGAAAAUAAAUCAACAAUAAUAAGCUUAGAUUAUGCAAAAACGUUUGCUAACGAAGAUGUGAUUCCGUACAAAUUGUAUUUGAGUAAUGCUAUGGAUAAUAAUAAUAAAUCAUUUAAAGAUAAUAAAAGUUUCCAAGGAACAUCGCGUUCUCCCCGGCCGCGGCCGCUUGGGAGCUUAACCGGCUUGGGAGUUAAAUCUCGUAUUAGUAACCUUAGUAAUAAGUAAUUGUUAUACUAGCUUAAUAUUAUAAUUUAUCAGAUCUGCAUGAGAAAUUCUAUUUUGUUAACUACAGUGACACAGUGUCGACGUACUGUUAAUUGCAGUACAAUAAUAAUGACCUUUAUCGAAACAAUAAUACCUACACGUGAAUAAGUGAUUACUUGUUGCGCCAAAUUUUCGUAGCGACUGGACUGAAUUUGAUUAGGUUUGCACUGGCGGAAGCCUCUCUACCUAGCAGCUAGAGUGGAAAUUUUCUAUGAGCCCUGGAUUACCUACUACAAUUUUUGCACACACACUUAGCAAAGCUGGUUACGCCUAUCGGACUAUACCUACUAUUGUAUGCUUUUCUUUACAUUAUGAAAAUAUGUAAUACACCAAAAUAUUAUUAUUUCCUAACUACUACGACAUGUAACGAUAACUAACUGACCCGCGCGGCCCGCGCCUGCUUCGUGAGGCGUCCAGCAAUAUUGAGUUUUCAUUAGUAGGGGCAGACAGCGGUAAGCAUAUUUAUUUUCUACUUUGUAAUGAUCAGUGUACUGAUGUGAUAAGUAAAUAAAAUAAACUUUUUUCAA